GGCGCGCAGCGGACGGGGCGCUACCGGGAGCGGUCCCAGCACCGGGAACGGCCCGCAACGGAACUAUGACCCUGGAGGAGCUGGCCGGGGACCACCGCACCGCCGGGAGGAUGGAGCAGGCGGGGGACGCGCUGGAGGAGGUGCUGAGCAAGGCGCUGAGCCAGCGGAGCCUCACCCUUGGUGUCUAUGAGGCAGCCAAGUUGCUUAAUGUGGAUCCGGAUAACGUGGUGCUGUGCUUACUUGCGGCCGAUGAGGAAGAGGAGGGAGAUGCGGCGCUGCAGAUCCACUUCACGUUGAUCCAGGCUUUCUGCUGCGAGAACGACAUCAACAUCCUCCGUGUCAACAACCCGGCACGGUUGGCUCAGCUCCUGCUGCCCGCCGCUGGCCCCGGGCCACCCGCCGACCUUCAUUGCGUCCUCGUCACGAACCCCCACGCCUCACAGUGGAAGGAUCCAGCGCUGAGUCAGCUGAUGUGCUUCUGCCGGGAGAGCCGGUACAUGGAUCAGUGGGUGCCUGUGAUUAACCUCCCCGAGCGGUGACCGUAGCGCUCGGCUGAACCCGACUGCACUCGAGUUUCGCAAUCACUUUACAAGCAGUUGCUCAGGAAGUUACUCCCUGCCCUGGCACGAGGAUCACCCAGGAGGGAGGGCAGG